ACAAGCGGACGGAUUAUCAGAACAGAGCGUACAUGACAUUAUGCAAAGAAGAUGAAAAAAAUCUUCCGAGCUAGUAUUCUUGUAGUCACAGUAACAGAUCCGAUGGGCGAUGAUAAAGUCUCGAAAGGCAGGAAGGACAUUGGUUUGGCGCUCGGAAGUCGCAAACCGCAAGGGGUCCAGAGUCCAGCGGUCCAGCCAGACGUGACAGGGAAGCUCCAGAGCUGAGCGCAAAAGCUAUCAUCCCUAGCGGCUCGCCGGCCUUGGUGGCUCGCCCCUCAAGGCUGCACCAUUUCGUCCCCAUUGCACCACCACACCACACCACACUUCUGCCAGACUCCCAACAACCAACCUCAAUUGAUCAGUCCCGAUCUCCCCUUUCCCAUCAAUAAUCGCUGCGUCUCUCAUUCCUUCCGCAGUCGCAAUCGCAAUUACAGUCAUUGCAUCCUGGUACAGCUUACCUCGUCCUUUGUCCACGAUCAGCCAGAUACUCAUUGUGCUACUUUGCCGCUGCGUAAAAGAGAUUACCUUCCGAUAAUCAACCCUCCCAGCCUCCUCCGAUUACUUCUCAACCUUGACAUCAGUCAAUCAUCUACAGACACAGCUGCUCCGUGCUCUUCAAGCAAUUAACUGCUACCAAACGCAUCGUAUCAUCGAAUUCCGUAUCGUCCAUCAUUCGCAUACCCAAAUAUCAUAAUGGGCAGCUUCGUAUUUAAAUGGGACCAUCCCGCCGAUGAGGUCUACGUGACGGGCACUUUUGACGACUGGAGCAAAUCAGAAAAGCUUGUGAAGACUGGCGAUUCGUUCUCGAAGGAUGUUACACUCAACAGCGCCGCAGACAAGAUCUACUACAAGGUGCGUGGAAAACACAUAUCAGACUGGAUUGUCGAAAAGACGUGGGGACUUGUGCUUCGAGUCGUGACUUCGAGGCGCUAAUGCCGCCGAGUGGCCGUUAAAGAAGCUUGAAGAGCUUCUCGACGAAGCAUGCUGCCUUCCUGGAUGCAGAAAAUGACUUUAAUCUGCGGAAUCUGCGCUUGACCCUGCACCAAAAUGAUCUCUUAUGACGCGGUACGGCCGAGUUGCCCCAAUUUACUUCUAAGCGGUGAAGCUGCCAACUCGAACAGUAUCGCUUCCAGGUCAGCUGGUAGGCUGUAGUGCCCUGUUUAACAUGCUGGUGCUUGGGCCACGCAACAGGGCCGGUGGCCUGUUCCCAACCCCGCCAUAAGCUACAAGGUAUUCGUUGUUGACGGCAACUGGGUUACCGAUCACACCGCUCCUCAAGAGAACGACGCCUCAGGAAACUUAAACAACGUCCUUACCACGGACCGAAUCAAGAAGCACACGCCCGAGACAGUUGGAAUCAUGUCUGGCGUCGCCCCUACCUCCACAACCGCCGCAUUGGCAAAGGAUGUGCCCCUCGAAAGUGAAAAGGCUGCUCCUCUAGAACAAACUGUCUCGUCCGAUCUACCAGGCGCUUUUCCCGAGACACCAGCAGCUACCGAGAAGGGAGACUUCUCGGUCAAUCCCCUCCCAGCCGCGGACGGAGCUGUAAACCCAAUAAAGCUUGCUCCUGGCGAGAGGGUUCCAGACCCAAGCACAUUCACCAAUAACACUAUCACAUCUGGUGUUCACGAUGACCCCGAGCUCGUUGCGGCCGACAAGGCAAAGACCGCGGCUGAACCAACUUUCAGCGUCAACCCACUCCCAGCUUUUGCUGGCGCAGUCAACCCUGAGCCAGGCACUGUCAACAAGAACACCAUUGAGUCAGGAGUCACGCUUGACAAAGAGUCGUACGAGAAGAGUGGUGGAAUCGGCAACGCCCCAGUCCUCCCCCCAGUUGUCACCCCUGAUGCAACCCGCGCCAUCAACGGCACUGGAAUCUUGGAUAUGCCACCUGCGAAGAACUUGAUCCCAGAGUCGAGCUUGCCAAUUGGAACGUCAGGUGCUGGUACCUUCGACGCUACUCCUACCAUCCAAUCUGCAGGCCCAACGAGCACCACCGCAGCACUUGCUGCAGGUGUUCCUCUCGAGUCGUCAAAGGUUCCAGAUGUAGUCAAGGAGAGCCAAGAGAAGGCAAACGUUGAUCCUGAAGCCAGUGCCAUCCCAGAAGAAGUCAAGGAGAAAAGCGCGGUUGAGAAAGAGCUAUUGAAGGAGGUUCCAGUGGCCCCAUCAACCUCAGAGGGAACUGCCGGAAAGGGAACGGAUAAGUCUGAGAAGACUGUCUCUGCAGGUGAAGCUGCAGCUGCAAUUGGCGGCGCAGCCGUGGCUGUUGGUGGCGUUGCUGCAGCUUAUGCAUCUGGCGCCGCGAGCACUGCCGCAAGCAAGCUUCCAGAAUCUGUAACCAGCAAAUUACCCGUGUCCAUUCAGAACUCCAUCGCAUCAACGAAUGCUCAGUCAGAUAGCACACCAAAGGAGGUUGCCAAGGAUACACCUGCAAUCGUCAAGGAGUCAAUUGCCGAAUCAGGGCAAGCACCAGAGGCUGCUGCAAACGAGGAGGCUGUGUUGGAGAAGAAGGCUGUGGAGAAGGAAUUAUUGUCUGAGAUCAAGCCCGAGACAUCGACCGGCGAGUCUGCACCGAAGAUUACAUCGACUGAGACAAAAUCUGCCGAGACGAAAGCCGCUGCCCUUGCUGCUCCAACUCCAGCCAAAGCCCAAAUCGAAUCACGUGAUGUUUCUCCUGGAACUGUCCCCGGUUCUCACAGCACCCAGUCCCAGACCGCCCCAGUGGUCACCAGCGGCGUUACAUCUGCUGAGACCGACAAGUCCAGCUACGCUACUCCUUCUACUCCCGUCAAAGACACCACCGCAAAGACAGUCUCCACACCAGCGAAGACUGAGGAUGGACCAUCGACCCCAUCGAAGGCCGCCGUCACACCAGGAAGCAGUAAUGCUAGCCCGGCCAGUGCAGCCGCCGACAAGAAGAAGAAGCGAUCUAGCAUCUUCGGCAAGAUCAAGGCUAAGUUCUCCCACAAGGACAAGGAGUAAAGAGUUCACACACCACAUAUCGAGCAUGGGGAGGCUGAAGUUGCAAACAAACGAGCGGAUGGGAGAGCGAACGCAGUAAUCAAUUUGGGAUGUUUCGGAAGCCCGGGCUUUCCGAGUGUACGAUAUUGGCAGAGUCUCCCUUCCAAUCCAAACGGACGUAAUGUGGAGGGUGUUGUCCGAUGGUGGGAGAGCGAGAGUCUGGGGAGGAUCUGCGACGUGCUUCCUUGAUACCGAGAUAAUUAUCUGAUUUUGCCCAUUUUGCUGGUCUGCUUGCUUUCGCUGUGUUCCUGGUUCAUAUCCGGCUGCUCUUUUUGGUCAUGAGAGUUGAAUGAUGGAUGGAGGGAGGGAGGGUUUUCCUUGCGAUAUCGUUGCUUUUCUGGCUUUUUGUGCAUGCUUUUCCCAAUACCAAUGUUCCUUUACUUUUUUCGUCUCUUAACUGCGUGCAUCGAAUCAUCUGGGGAGAGGCUGGAGAGAGGAGAGGAGUUGUGUGGUACCAUCGUGGGUCCAGCUCGGUCCGUGUUUUGGAAAACAAAAAAUGCAGACAGAUACAGAAAGAACGGAGGCAGCGUGGCGCGAGAGAAGUGUAGAUAGUAACUAGUUUUUGAUGAUCAUUCAUUGGGUGGGAAAGUUUACUCUUGUGAUCAUUGCUCGCGUGCUGCUCGCCAAAUGCAUAUCUAAAUCUUGAAGAACAUGCUCUGCUUUGGUUCCGGGCUUUUCUGUUCAUGUGUUUAUUCUUAAGCCAAGGUAAUGUUUGAUUCGCUUAAUGGCUUCGUUAAUUGGUCGUGCGAACGUGGCAAACAUCGAAGACUCGAUCGACGGUAUUGUUGG